CGCACCUAUUUUAGAGGCAUUACGGUAGAGAGCAAACUGUCCCCCAACAUAUCCUCAACCAACACACAACCCGAGUAAUUCAUCACUGAUUUACCAGCGAACGAGCGAGCGACAGACGGGAUGCCAAAAACUGAAUCGAGUAUCGUCAUUGGGACUUGUGGAGGGGUUAGGAUCUGAAUAACAGCGAGAUAGCAGGAUCAAAACAGAGUGAGGAGAGGCCACGAACAGCCCGAAAAGCUCCGUGCUUUCUCUCCAUCAACUUCCCCGAGGGCUGCGCAUGCAGCCUGUGUGUGAGUUAGUGAAACUAGCUAGUCUAGUAUUGUUCUGACUUCACUACAGUGCGCACUCCGAGAGAGAGAGAGAGAGAGGACGCACAACAAAAGGGAAAGAAAGGAAGCAAGGACGGACUAAUUAUAACGAAGACGGUUGUAGUUUAAAGUAAUGGUCCUGCGAUACCAAUCUUAGAUCCCAAGAUUUAUCCGUUUUAGUUCUGUUUGGUUUGCGUCUUUGUCGCCGAGAGUGGACUCGCCGGGUGGUGUUGCGCCGAGCUGAAGAGGGGCUGUCCACAUGGUCCAGCCACUGGUGUGAAAGUUGACUUCUUCAGAAAUCAAGAACAGGUGUCACGUGAUGAUGGUGGAAUCAGCCUCUGAGACCAUUCGAACUACGCCCUCCAAUCAGAAUGGAGUCAGCAGCCUCAGCAGCCAAUCGGACGGCGGGGGAGGGAGAGAAGGCGGGUCCAACGGGGACACCAAUGGGGAGAUCAGCCCAGUGGACCUACUGCACCUCCAGCAGCAACAGGCCCUCCAGGCAGCCAGACAGUUCCUCCUCCAACAGGCCUCUGGACUCAACUCCCCCAGCAGCAACGAGGUUAAACAGAGCACGGUGCAGGUGCCAGUGUCCAUGGCUAUGUUGACCCCCCAGAUGAUCACUCCUCAACAGAUGCAGCAGAUACUGUCCCCUCCUCAGCUACAGGCCCUGCUGCAACAGCAACAGGCCAUCAUGUUACAGCAGCUACAGGAGUACUAUAAGAAGCAGCAGGAGCAGCUGCAUCUUCAGCUUCUGACUCAGCAGCAGCAGCAGGCUGGGAAGCAGGCAGCCAAAGAGCAGCAGAUAGGUAACAAGCAGUUGGCCUUCCAGCAGCAGCUCAUUCAGAUGCAGCAGCUUCAGCAGCAGCACAUCCUCAACCUGCAGAGACAAGGCCUGGUUUCCCUACAGCCCACUAACCCCAUGCAGAGCCUGCAGCAAGCCAUGUGUCCUGGGGACCUGCAGCAGCUGUGGAAGGAGGUGUCGGGGGUGCAGUCUGCAGAGGAGGCCCUGAAGCAGCAGCAGACUGGAGAGGGCCUGGAUCUCAGCACCAACUCUACCUCAUCCUCCUUCCCCAAAGCAAACACACACAGCACCCUGCACAGCCUGCACAACGGACAGAGCAACCACACCCCAAAGAGAGACAGGUACAGAGACAGAGCAAGACUCUUUGAAUGGAUCUCCUCGUUCAGCAAGGCAGACCUCGGAGAUGAACACCUCAUGCCUUACUCCAAAGGCGGCCCACUGUCCAGCAGCCACCAUGAGGAGCAUGCAGGUUCCCAUCCUCUCUAUGGCCAUGGAGAGUGUAAAUGGCCUGGCUGUGAGGCUCUGUGUGAUGACAUGGGACAGUUCAUCAAGCAUUUGAACAACGAGCAUGCUCUGGAUGACCGCAGCACGGCCCAGUGCAGGGUGCAGAUGCAGGUGGUCCAACAGCUGGAGAUACAGCUGUCCAAGGAGAGUGAGCGACUGCAGGCCAUGAUGACUCACCUGCACAUGCGCCCAUCGGAGCCAAAGCCUUUCAAUCAACCUCUGAACCUGGCGUCCAGUGGCUCCCUGCUGAAGAGGGAGAGUGAGGCGUACCCCGAGGGUCUACCUCACCCCCCCACCUCCGCCGCCGCCCCUAUCACCCCGCUCCGCCAGGGCCCCUCUGUCAUCAGCUCCUCCAGCCUGCACUCACACUCACACUCACACUCACACUCACACUCACACCCGCACGGCGUGGGACCCAUACGCAGGCGCAACGCUGACAAGUUCUGCACCCCCAUCGCCUCAGGUAUACGAGAGGAGCUGGCACAGAACUGUGAGUUCUACAAGAACGCUGAUGUCAGACCUCCCUUCACCUACGCCUCUCUCAUACGCCACGCCAUUCUGGAGGCUCCAGACAUGCAGCUGACUCUUAAUGAGAUUUAUAACUGGUUUACGCGAAUGUUCGCCUACUUCAGGAGAAACACAGCCACAUGGAAGAAUGCUGUGCGCCACAACCUGAGUCUGCAUAAGUGUUUUGUGAGGGUGGAGAACGUGAAGGGGGCCGUGUGGACUGUGGACGAAGUAGAAUACCAAAAGAGGAGACCACCAAAGAUGACCGGGAGUCCUACUCUGGUGAAGAAUAUGAUUUCAGGCCUGGGCUUCGGUUCCCUAAACGCCAGCUACCAGGCGGCCCUUGCGGAGAGCAGUCUGACUCUGCUGAACAGCCAGGGCCUGGUUAACCCCUCCUCUGCCGCCAGCCUCAACAUGCUACACGGGAUGGGUCACAAUGACGUCAGCUCCACUGUGGAACAGGUCAACAGCAACGGUAGCUGCAGCCCUACACUCAGCCCACAGCAGUAUGGACACCAGGUCCAUGUGAAGGAGGAGCCCACUGAGGUCGAGGAGGACAGACGCUCCUUGUCGCUCAUGGCAACUGUCACUCAUGGAAACAUGGCAUUGCCUAGCGAUCGGGAUGACCGAGAUUUGGAAGAUGACCUGCCAACCGACGAGCUGGAGUAGGAUUGGAAGAGCUGAACCAGUGGGCGGGACUUUGAGGUUUAAUCCCGCCCCCUCCAUUGGAGGAAAGAGAAAUUAUGACCACAUAAAAAAUAAGAUAUAGAGAGAUUUUUAAAAAAUAAGAUUUUUUUAAAGCAAGAAACCAACAACAUUGAGAAACUUCAAACAGGGUUAGACCUCCGUUACGUACCGAUGCAAAAAUAACCCUCUGGAGCAUUGCUUUAUCCCCACAUGUUUUCACCCACCUCACCCCUCCUCACUCCUCCCCCACCCUAUGAGCAGCAUAUUGCCAGAGAGCCAGCUCUCAGUGGUGAUAUGGAGGCAGGGUCCCCUCUUCUCUUCUCCUCUGUCCUCCUCUCGCUACUGAUUGUGACAGACGGUCUACUCACCCUACAGUCCUUUAGUGCUGGCAGUUUGAUUUUCACACCACUUCAAUAUACAUACAGGUGUGUGUGAGAGAGAGAGUGUAGAGACACACACACACCAGAUCAUGUGUAUAACUUUUUUUGAACAGUCACCAGGAGGUGUAUACCUCUCCUCCUCUUCUCCUCCGAUCCUUUUUCUUUUCUUCUUUUGCCUGAAAGAACUGCUGGGCUUUGAGAUAGAAGGAAAGACAGUGGUCGUUUUCUCAAAGAUUACCCCACAUCUGCUCACACAUCAGAAACCAAGCAUACAAGCCAGUCAGUGAUCCAUAGGUGAGACUGAGACUGGAUGGCAGGAUUCUGCCCUAUGCCCACUCUCUACCCAUUCUCUGCCCAAGCCAGACAAGACUCUCUAUACUCCUUAUGCCAAACAAAAAAAGAAGAAAUCCCCCAUCCCCACCUCCCCACAAAAAAAAAGAUUUCAGGAAGAGGACCCUUUGUUGCAUUACUCCUUCUUCAUGCAUGAUAGAGUGAUGGGCCCAGGCCACCCUGAGAGAGAAAGAGAGGGAGGAGGGAGGGAGGGAGGGAGCAUCCACACAGAGAUAUCUGACUAAAAUGGUUUAUGAUUAUGGAAUACAAAAAAUGUUUCAUCCAAAAAGUGGUAUCUUUUUCACUUCUUUUUUUAUUUGAUGUUUUCUUUGUUUAUUUUUUAGGAUCAAUAUUUCCAUGGUGAUAUAAUUCUGUUUCAAAGUGUAUUUUGUAUUUGUUCGUUUUUAUUAACUCUGCUGGUUCACACCAUUCUAUACUAGUAUUGGCAGCAAAGAAAGUGUUGUCCCAAAAAUACCCAUACCCAACCCCACCCCACCCUGAAUACCUUUCUGUGUGUCUGGGUGUGCCAGUUCAGAUGGCAGGAGAUUGAGAAUAGCACUUAGGAUCUGGGGCCUCAGCUGCUGAGAACACUCACUCAUUAUCCCCACAGUUUAUCAUCCAUUUUUAUUAUUCCUUUUUAACUCAUUCCUUUUUCUUUUUAUCUUCCCGUAGUUAGUUGAGAAACAUCAGCUGUGAUACAAAGCAAUGCUUUAAAAAAGAUAUUAUUGCGGUCAGAGAAUACCUCAUCCCACAAAGGUUCUGUCUGGAACUGUGUCCAAAAUGUUAAAGAAAUAAGGGGGAAUUCUUUCUUGGGGACACCAAAACGUGGCAACUCAGUUUCAGUUCAAAGUUCUAUUGUUACUAUAGUUACUGUAUAGAAGCUAUCUGCAAUUCACUGUGUGAGUUGGACUAAAGGAAUAGCACGUGAGAUUACAAAUCUUUUGUUUUCAGUGAGCAUAAAAGCAUUACCUUCUCUGCAGUGCCAUACCAAAUUUAAACAAAUUAUUUUAAUGUAUUUUCUGCUUUUUUCCCAUUUUAUUUUUGUUACAGGUAACCAAAGAAAUGUGUAGAAAACCAAAAACCCUGUAGUUUAUUUUUCCCCUUUUUGAGUUUUUCCUCUAAAGAACUGGCCAAAAGACAACCAACACCUGAAAUUUAAGUUAUUAUUGUGUUAUCGUAACUCUUGCGUUGAAUUUGUUCAUGACAGUACUGACCAUUCCAAAAACCAAAGUAUAAAAUGCAAAAUAGAAUUUGGUGAUGUUAAAAGCUUUUUACAUACGUGUUAACUGGUGCGAAUGACGACUCACAUUAGGUAUGGUAUGGUACAAGGCCAAAAACAGUAUUAACAAACAACCUCUUGCAGUUAUUUUGUUAAAGAAAGAAAGAAAGCGCUUAGGAUUUAAAUCUCUAUCUCUCCAUGCUCAGGCUACCUGUGUUUCAAACACAACCCUAAGAGAGGCUCCGCUGUAGGCAGGCCUAAGAUGGGCUUCACAGUUAAAGAUGGCAAAUAAUUAUCUUACCCUCAUAAGGCACUUGAACACAACAUUUAUAUCCCUUUAUGUGACACUAGAAGCCAGCAAAAAAAUGAACUGUGGGCUGUUGUCAGUUGUCCAUUAACUGGGAUACCGGGCCAAAAAAAUACAUUGUUAUUGCACUGCAAUAAUGCAUGUUUGGAUUAAUUUCCUCAACCAAAACAAUGCUUUCAUUGUGAAACUCAACUCUAUAAAUUCAAACAUCCCUUCGUGCUAUGCAGCAGAAUGUUAUUUUCUUGACCCAGGUACCGGUUUGACUGAAUAACAAAGUCCAAUUGUCUUUCCGUGAACGGUUUACUUACUGUACCUUCAUUACUCCUCACCUACACUAUACUCUAGCAGACACAACAGUUUAACAAAUACCAAAAAGGACAAGUGUUUUAAUACAUAGGAACAAUGAUAAUACUUCACACUUAUAUUGUCUUCAUGCUCUCACAUUGCCAUAUAAAUACAUUCAUAUCCCCUAGUCUCAGAUGUGCUGUGAGUAGUUGUGAUAAAGACUGUUUGAAGCUGGCUGUCAUCCCAAACAUCCCACCACUGGACAGGGAGGGAGGGCUAUUCAGAACAGACACCAUUAUGACCACUUGGGAUAUUUACAGCAAAGAGGGAACAACUGACAAACGACAAAAUCAUGCGUAUGUAAAAGGAACACACCAAGGGACAUGUCAACUUAUGUCUUUUUUUUCUAAAACAAAAUUUGGGGAAGAGUUUUGUCAAAUCAACUCUUGCACUUCAGACCAUUUUAUUUCUUUUUUAAAUAGAGGAGGAGUCUUUGUAUUAACUUCCUGUGUAAAACGGCACUGUCUCCUGUCUAAGUAGGGUUAUGAUGCUUCACGUCAUCAGACUGAUUUAUAACAAACAAAGUGGGAGAGGAACACCUUGAAACGAGAGUAAAAACCAAAAAUAACACUACCUCCUUUUCAAAAUGGUUCACACAAUAAAAGCCAAUGGGAGACUGGAGACCCAAAAUAUUUCUUUAUUUUUUUCCCCAUUCUUCCUCAAUAAUAAUAGUGAAAUAUACCAAAACACAGCUUACUGUUACUACACAUUUUGUGGGGCUGAAAAAGAUUGUCUGGCUAUCUGGACUCCAAAUUCACGAGCGUGAGCGCAAAAACAAAGAGACGUUACAACAACGUUGCAUCCCGUUAAAGAUGACUACCUCUCCUAAAACCACAGAUAACCGGUGCGUUCUCCUAAGAGUGAAGAGUGAAGUGGUUUAAAAGGUCUACUCUCAGCUGGGUAUUAUUGGCUGUCUCUGUGCUCUCAUUAGCAUAUGGCUCCGUGAACAGCCUCUUAAUUGGGUGCUCUAAUUGUAUGCACGCAUAUUGAUGAGAAGGCUUUGCCGGCAGCCAAUGAUAGUCCGGUCGUUAGCGGCGACUCAAUGGGGCAGGAAGCUGAUUGUCAGGAGUGAUGAUGGGCAGAAUAUAUCAGUGCCCGGCAUCCGCCAGUGGGCCACACACACACUAGAGCCCGCCACACGCCAGCGGCCCGCACUUCACAUUAACCCAGAAAACGGCUUUAAGAUGACAGCGAUAAAGGAAACACACCCACACUCUCUUACAGGCUGUAGUCAGUGUUCAGUCCAAAGGGCCCUGAGUAUCAGUCAGAAAGCCUCAGAGCUGGGAAUAUUAGCCCUGUGACAUGGAGCUGUCCCCUCAUGGUGAAUAGUGGCCGCUGUCACUAGGAGCCGGGCCUCUGAUGGCCCCUCCUGGCCCCUGUGGUUCAGACAGCUGAGGAGAGGCUCUGAGUAACUAAAGAUACUAUCCAAAGACAAACACAGAGCUUACUGUACAUUGUACAGCCUCACUCGCCACUCACUGGGAGACGGGCAAUAAUAACACACGCUUACAAAGGAAUUCAUGAUUACUACUAUUAUUAUUGUUAUGAUCCAAACUCUCAUGAAAGAGGAACUGCUGCAUUCAGUAAAUAUAAAUGAUCUUUGAAUUAUCGUGCUUUAAGGUACACCUGUAAACCACACUGUUUUAUAAAGAUGUAGAUUGACAUUCGUUGAUGGUGUUAACAGAUCGCCAUAGACGGUUCUGUUCCUUCUCCGGCUUUGCUGUUAUGAUGUAUUAUUGUAUAUUAACGCUUGGCUUAGCUCUCGAGGGCAUUCUUUCCCAUUAUGUCGUUUUGAUUUUCUGUUGUGUUCAUUUUCUGCACCUGUUUAGCUAUUGUAAAGCUUCCAGCUCUGAUUCCUAUACUGUAUUGCUAAUGCUGAAGUGUAUGUAUUUUAUCAUAUUAAGUGCUGCAGGUAUCUGGGUUUAAUAGUUCUUGUUUUGUCCUUUUUUUCAGUUUUCUUCAUAAAAACGUCUGGGACGAUGAUUUUUUUAAGUGUAUUAUCUCUAAAAAAUUAAAUAAUUAAAGUUAGAUAAGUGGUUUAGGUAACACCUGUUUGUAUAUUUAUCUUAGCUAGGUCUAUUUUGAUACUUUUGUCUCUGUACUGCAUUUAUGCAUUUUUAAGGAAAGAAAAAGAAAAACUUACUGAAAACAAUCUAAAAAGUUGACUUCAUUAUGUAUUGAUGAUACCUCAGAAGGACUUUUCUCUAAGACAGGACCAAAACCUCAGACAAAAGAGAGAAAGAGAAAAAUAAUUGAAGAAAAUAUGUAGGCCCUCUUUUGCUUUUGAAGAUGAAGCAAUGUUAAGGUGACGUUUUUGGCCCUUAGUGUGCCAAUAUGUGUCCUCUGAUCCCUGUCCCCAGUCAUUCCUGAUGACCUUUAAGCCUCACAGCUGUCAAUCACUCCACAGGGCAACUGUGCGUGGCCCAGAGUCACACACCUGGUGACAUUUGUCCAAUGAGAAUCCUUGUUUUCUUGUAUUCCCAUACACACUGACACACACACAGACACACACACAUUCUAAUGGCUUUCAGAGAUGCAGUUCAUCUUCAGUCAUGCACCAAAGGUUUUGUGAGUGGCCGUGGCUCAUCAGCUAACAGACUACCACAACCGUAACCAAACCAACCCUAGGCAAUGCUCUAGAGAAAAACCAAGGUGAAUGUCCUGUAUUUUAGCAAUGUAAUAUACCACAAGCUACUUCCCAUACCUCAAACCAUUCUUCGCUAUCACCAUCUCUAUCAUCUCUCGGACGAGCACUCUUCCUAUUGGAUCAUUAGUGACUCCGGGGGCCUACUUGGCCCCGCCCCCGCUCUAUGAUUUGACAGCUCUGAGGUGUCAUGUCGAGGAGAAGAGGUCUUAAAGGGGUGUUGCCCGAUGGUAUUAUUAACUUCACGGCCCAAAAAAAUGGAACUACCACUUCAGCUCUCCUCUGGUUGUAUCUUAGGAAUGUGUGUACAUUUUCAGCAGUGACUCUCUGUAACUUUACUUAGUUUCAGUUUACCUGUUUACCUCUCUUUUAUCUUUUUAUUUCAUUCUGUUUGUUUAUUUUUUAAGUGUGACCCAGGCGAAGGGGUACAGAAGGAGUAGGCGGUGGUUUUUGAGACGAUCUAAAGAGGUUUAAAAAAAGGCAACUGCCACUGAGACCUUUGACCUUUCCCCCUUCCCUGGGUGGCCAUGUAAUGCCAGUCACUGCCCUUUCCUCAUGCUGUAUAAAACACACACAUAUAUCUGUGUAUUUGUAACCUGAAUCUUCUUGUGUCUGUCCAUGCAGACAAUAAAACAACUGUACAGUAGGUCUAGUUGCAUGUAAUCUGUACUAAUUAUUGACAAUGGCAUUAUAAAAUGCAAUAAAAUACUUAUUACACUGUC